CUAGAUAUGGGUAGAAUUUAUCCACACAAAGCAAGUUACAUGCUUCAGAACAGAGAAAAGAAAAUUAUCAAUGGAGGUGAAGGAAAUGCUCUUCAUGAACAAAGGAGAUGGAGAAAAUAGCUAUGUUAAGACUUCAGGAUACACGCAAAAAGUGGCAGCUGUAACCCAGCCAGUAGUUUACAGGGCAGCUCAAUCUCUCUUCACAGGGAGGAAUUCUUGCUCAUACCAAGUCCUAAACGUGGCUGACUUGGGGUGUUCUUCAGGUCCAAACACUUUCACUGUGAUGUCAACAGUGAUAGAGAGCACAAGGGACAAAUGCAGUGAAUUGAACUGGCAGAUGCCAGAAAUCCAGUUCUACUUGAAUGAUUUAGUAGGGAAUGAUUUCAACACACUGUUCAAAGGGUUAUCUGUCAUUCAAGAUAAAUAUAAGAAUGUUUCAUGCUUUGCUAUGGGUGCCCCUGGUUCCUUUCACGGCCGGCUUUUCCCUCAGAACUCCAUGCAUCUCAUCCAUUCCUCUUAUGGUGUACAAUGGCUCUCUAAGGUACCCAAAAUGACAAGUGAAGGAGGGUUAUCACCACCAAACAAAGGGAAGAUCUACAUAUCGAAAACCAGUCCUCCUGCAGUGUGGAAGGCAUACCUUUCUCAGUUUCAGGAAGACUUCCUUUCAUUCUUGAGAUGUCGAUCUCCCGAGCUGGUACCUGAUGGCCGCAUGGUCUUGAUAAUUCAUGGAAGGAAAUCCGCAGAUCCCACAACCAGAGAGAGCUGCUACACAUGGGAAGUUCUAGCUGAUGCCAUCUCCUACCAGGUUUCACAGGGACUGAUUGAUGAAGAGAAACUAAACUCCUUCAAUGUACCAUACUAUAUUCCCUCCCAGGAAGAAGUUCGGGAUUUAGUGAACAAGGAGGGUUCUUUCUUAACUGAGUUUGUAGACACAAUUGAAGUUGAACUUGAAGGUAUAUGGACGGAACCGGAAAAUAGAGCUAAAAACUUGAGAUCCUUCACAGAGCCCAUGAUUUCUCACCAGUUUGGAGAAGAGGUAAUGGACAAGCUAUAUGAUAAGGUAAAAGAUAUUCUAGUUGAGGAUUGCAAGCAGGAAAAACAAUCAACCAGGGGAGUUAGUAUUGUUCUUGAAUUGAAAAAGAAAGAAUCCCACCUCAGCUAAAUGUAUCAUCAUUCAGGAAACAUUGAAGAAAACAAUGUAGCAAAAGAAUCAAGGUGAUGAACAUAUGUAAAGAGUAUUAUUAUUAAUUAAUUUGCUAAGGAAUCGAGAAGAAAUGUCUGCUUAGCUAGUUUAUAUUUUAUAUCAGUCACAGUUAUGAUUAUUAAAUUGUCUUUGCAGUGGUGUUACUACUGGAAAUCCUUAUGAAGGUGCAUUACCUUCCUUUCCCGAUAUGAUUUCGGAUUUUCCAUUAUAUCAGAAAAGGGUAAUGCAAUGCCUAACCAUUUUGAUUACAGAUGUAAUAAUCCGUUCAUUUUCUAGUAGCAAUGAAGAAAAAAAAUGCUAGAAUGACAUUAUCUUAGACCCCUUUAGGAACUAUGCUAGAUUAUGGUAAAGAACUUAAGAUUUUAUAACUAAUUUCAAUAAAAAGAUUCAUUAUUAGCAAGUUGAUUUGUUCGCUUAUAUAUACUCUUGUAUACAUGGAACUACACUCCAUGAAAAGAAGAUCAAGACUAGUGCAGACAGAGGAACCCUUCACUUUUGAGCCAUGAGGUUGAGUUUGGAGAAAAGAGCCUUUGGACCACUUUGAUAUGGCCUACUACCAGUUUCUUUAUGUUGCAGGUGCCCGAAACAAAUUGGAAGUGCCCUUAUGAUACUCAAUUGCAUUUGAUUUGUGUAUCUAUCUUCGGUCAACCAAGAUUUUUUUUUUUAUAUAUAAUUGGGGGAGGGGGGAUUCGAACCUGCUCUUUAGACAGGGGGAUAAUGCAUCAACCAAUGAGUCAAAUACUCGGGUGCCAGUCAACCAAGAUUGGUCAUGACAUAAGUUCCUGGUUUAAAGAGCCUUAGACUCUCUAUGUAUGCUGAUAUGUGGCUGCUUUCAAGUAGAAAGAAUGGCCAUUUCUUUGACUGGAAGAAAGAGUGCCAUUAUGGAGGUUUGGUUUCUGAUUUUCAGAAUGGAUGGAUGGUGCCUGUUUCCAUGAUCACUAUGUUGGUUUUCAAGGUGCUUGAUGAAUGUUUCAUGUGUUCCGACAGUGUUUUUGCUGCUGAUUUUGUUGCUAUUAUUGCUGCUGGGUGUUCUUGGAGUCUGAUUUUUAUGUUUGGUUGUGUGUUCCAAGCCCUUUCUGGUCUUGCCCUUUCCUCCUGUUCUGUCAAUGUUCAAGUCUAAUUCUCUAUGGCAAUGCGGCAAUGUCUAAGGUUCUUAGUGCUGUUUAAAGCUUCGUACGUCUAUAUUAUUGCUGUUGCUGGGUUGUUCCAAGCUUUCUUUUGCUUGUUCGUGGAGUUGGUACAUUGUUGCUUGUUCUUCAAUGUGGUUGUGGUGCAGGCAGUUUCUGGUACUUGUGUGUGAGCUUGGAGGUCAUCUUUUUGUUGUUGCAGUUUGAGUGGUUGGUCUGCUGCUGUUGUAGCUUCUCGAUUCUUGGUAUGGGAAUGGCUCGACACCUAGAAUUGGUCUUGACUUAAGUCUUUGGUGUGUUCUUGCUUUGUUUUUUCUGGGAUUUUUUUGUUGCACUUGAAGCCUGGUAACUGCGUGAUUUUGAGUGUUAAGGCUGCCGCUGGUCAUUUUGUUUUUGUACAGAAUAUUGUAACUUGGUUGUGCUGGGAUGAGUCUAUUUGACUCCUUGUCCCCUUUGUUUCCAAUGGGAGUCUUUGUAAUGUUUUAGGAGGUUGAUCCCAUUAGCAACCUGGGAUUUAUUGCUCUGGGUUCUUUUUUCUUUCACAGGUAACAGCUUUUAUAGGGGUUUCUUGUCCCCUGUUUUGUGUUACUUGCUCACUACCGCAAGGCUGGUAGUUUUGUAAAGGAAUUUAUAAUAAUGAAAUCCUUCAACUAUUUCAACAUU